AUGAGUCAAAAUGAUAAUAAUUUAGACGGCAUUCUUCAUUUAAUCCAGAUCUCAGUGCAAGGAAUGGCGCAAGAUCCGGUCCUCUGUAAGACUCAACCAGGUUUGUUCUUUGCUAAACCAAACUUUGGGGUUUUUGUCAAUAUUCGCUACAAGGCAGACAUUGAGAUAGAUGACGAUAAUGUACGCGAUGGAAUUGUGGGAACGGCUGCUGACGUAGUGAACUAUGCACAGAAACUUGACAGAAAGACUGAAGGUGGCACAGUAUAUCGAACAAGAGCCAUCGUGGCGUUUAAUCCAAAUCAGUGGAGUAAAUGGUUCAAGAAUGAUGCUAAGCUAAAAGGGCUUGACCAUCGAGAAGGAGAUUUACUGGUCAAUGCCUCGGCAAAAUUCAUUGACACCGGAGGAGAUGUGUAUUUUGUGCUGAAGUCAGACGUGGAAGCUGAUUUAGAAAAUGCUCUCGGGUACCUUAGGGACAGAAUGAGCAAAUACAGCGGUCCCUUUGACAUUACAUAUUCAAAAACAUCUGACAAGCGUGUUAUACACAACAUGUUUACAGAGGGACUGAUAAAUCCCGGUGAUCCAGAAAGUUUGAAGACCUACAUCGUGAAGAACGAAGGAUCAACGGUUGGCUACCCUGGGUCUACUUAUUUGGUGACGCAGAAGUUUAAAUUUAACUGGACAAUACUUGGAAAUAUGAGAACGGUUAGUGCUGAAGUAUUUUAUUAUCACCAUCAUAACUCUUCGCGCCAGUAG